GUCGGCGUUUCUUGUUUAGUGGGGGGAAGGCGAGCGUGGUAUAGGUGGGUGGAUGGGCAGGUGGGCGGGUGGGUGGAUGGGUGUGGUUUCUGGUUUGAAAUGUAAUGUACUUGUACUUGUACUUGUAGGAUGUAUGUGGUCGGUAUGGAUUUCUGUAUUCUUGGGUGCCGAAGUAGUCAUGAUCGGUUGCACGUUUGCCAGCCCGCAGUAUGCGUAUUAUUGAGAAUCAGGAUCGAGAUGCUACAGUGAGGUUCUGGAGUAACGUACCACAGAUACGGAGCCGGUACUCUAGCGGGUCCAUCACUCGUGGGGAAACCCGGGGCGACAUGCACCUCACGUACAUCCUAGGAUCGGUCCAGCGGGGGUUAUUCGCGUGGAGUAGUGCACACGGCGGAAGGCUA